AGAGAAAAGAGAGGGAGAGAGAGAGCGCUGGUCUGACUCUGUGGAAUUUCUCUUUUCUCUGCUCUCCGCUGGGGUCCCACAGAACGUCAGUCAAACACAGCUGAAGAAGAUGUGAAUUUCUUUCCAUGUUCUUUUUCCUUCUUUAACUCUCCCUGUGACGCCUUCUGAGUCCUGCUGGAUCUGUGUCUUUUCCCGCCGUGUCGCUGGACCCUCGCUCUGCCUGGGCGUGUGUGUGUGGAGGAGUGGGAUGCAGAUGGACAGAGCGUGAGGGAGGAUGGGACAGGACAGCAGGUAGAUGCAGAAUGAGGUCGUCCCUGCUGCGGGUGGUAGCCAUGUCAGGUCGCCAUGACAACUGCUCAGCUUGGUGACGAAGUGCAGUGGAGCAUGCUGGGUAACACCAAACACUACUUCCCUGGAGCACAGGAGAAGGAUGGAGAAGAGGAGGAAGAGGAGGAGGAGGAGCGGGGCAGGAUGGACAGAAGAGAGGGAGGACAAGGAAGGCAAAACGGAAUGGUGGACAUGGGAGAGCAAGAAGAGGAGCUGGGGAUGCGAGGGGGUAGACAGCUGCGGGACCCCAAAGGGGAGGGACAUAAACCAGCUGCUAUUGUGAUUGGACGACAGCGGGGAGACAGACAGCCAAAGUCUUCCAUGGCUGUUGUGCAACGGGGGAUCUCUUUCCCCACCAACCAGGAACUUGCUCAUCUUCAACUGGCCAAUCAGAAGCAUGUGUAUGCAGCCACAGCCAAUCAGCAGCAGCUUUACCAAGCAUCAGCCAGUCAACAGAGGAGGCGUUACAUGAUGGAGCGUAGCAUGACAACGGUGUCACCGCUAGAGGAAACUCACCUGACCAUGCUGGUGUUCCGCAUCGGUAUCCCUGACAUCAAGCAAACGAAGUGUUUGCGCUUUGACCCCGAUGCGACGGUGUGGAGUGCGAAGCUGCAGAUCAUGUGCUCGCUGGGCGAAUCGCUGUGGGACGUUUACAACUACGGCCUUUUCCAGCCGGCCGCCGACGGACGGGACGCCAACUUCUUGGAUGAGGAGCGCUCGCUGAGAGAAUACCCACAAUCCUUUGAGAAAGGAAUGCCCUACCUGGAGUUUAGGUACAAGACCAGAGUUUACAAGCAGACCAACCUGGAUGAGAAGCAGCUGGCCAAGCUACACACAAAGGCCAACCUGAAGAAGUUUUUGGAGUAUGUCCAGAGCGGAUCCCUGGACAAGAUCACCAAAGCGCUGGACAAAGGCCUUGACCCGAACUACCACCACCAAGAGAAUGGAGAAACGCCCCUGUCCCUGGCGGUGUCGAUGCCUCAGUCCAUAGAGGUGGUGCGCUGUCUGGUGCUGAACGGAGCCCAUCUGGACUUUAGAUCCAGAGAUGGACUUACACCACUACACAAAGCAGUCCGCGCACACAACCAUGCAGCACUGCAGAUCCUUCUGUCAAUAGGAGCUUCUCCAGACUACAAGGACCGCUGUGGGCUGACGCCGCUCUACCACUCGGUGCUGGCAGGGGGCGACACCUCGUGCUGCGAGACACUGCUGUUCUACCGAGCCCGACUCGGAGUCAGAGACGAGAACGGCUGGGAUGAGUCACACCAGAUGAGGGACCCAGAGGGAUUUGGCAUGCAAGAAAUACACAAGGCAUGUCAGAAUGGUUUUGCCCAGCACCUGGAACACCUGCUGUUCUAUGGCGCGGACUCCACUUCCCAGAAUGCAUCAGGAAACACAGCACUUCACAUUGGUGCUCUGUAUAAUAAGGAAAACUGUGUGCGUGUUCUCCUAUACAGAGGAGCCAAUAAGGAGACUAAGAAUAAGCAUGGGCAAACCCCAUUCCAGGUGGCAGUUAUGUCUGGCCAUUUUGAGAUCGGAGAGAUCAUCAAAAAUCACAAUGACUCAGAUGUAGUUCCCUUCCUCGAGUCACCCAAGUACGCCCCUCCGCGCUCCGAGCUGGUCAGAGCUCUCCCCCCUUCUGGGCCCAUCCACCAUGCCCACCCUCACCCCCUGCUGCGGGCCAAGAGUGAGAACACCAUGAACCCUCCCGAUCAGAUGGCCCCCGCGCCACCCUCGGGAACCAACAUGGCGCCCGCACCGACCCAAUCGAGGAGAGCCUCCUUUGCUCUGAGGAGCUCCAGCAGUCCUCGCUCUCGCACCCGCUCACCAUCCAGAGGAAGAGGGGACACAGAGGAACGACAGAAGCAGCAGAGAGGGAGACAGGGUGGUGGCGGGCAGCAGCAGCAGCAGCAGCAGCAGCAGCGGAGGAGGCUGUACAGUGCGGUCCCUGGCCGUGUGUUUGUGGCGACGCGUUCUCACUCUUCCCAAAACGAGCGCGAACUCAGCCUCAGCAAAGGAGACAGGGUCAAAGUGCUCAGUGUAGGUGAUGGAGGCUUCUGGGAAGGGACAGUAAAAGGGAGAACUGGCUGGUUUCCCUCUGACUGCGUGGAGGAGGUUCCCCCUCAAAACCAAGAGCAGAAACCAGAGAGUCGCAGCGAAAAGGCCCGCAAGAAGCUGUUCCGCCAUUACACAGUGGGAGCUUAUGAUGGCAUCGAGGCGCCCAGUGACUACAUCAUAAAGGAGAAGACCGUUCUCUUACAGAAGAAGGACAAUGAGGGCUUUGGCUUUGUGCUUCGAGGAGCUAAAGCUCAGACUCCCAUUGAAGAGUUCACUCCCACGCCAGCCUUCCCUGCUCUACAGUAUCUGGAGUCAGUGGACGAAGGGGGUGUGGCCUGGAGGGCUGGACUGCGAAUGGGAGACUUUCUCAUUGAGGUGAAUGGGCAGAAUGUGGUGAAGGUGGGUCACCGGCAGGUGGUCAACAUGAUCCGGCAGGGAGGAAACAGCCUCAUGGUGAAGGUUGUCAUGGUGGCACGAAACCCGGAGAUGGAGGAGGUGCCUAAAAAGAAAGCCCCCCCUCAGAGCAAACGGCUAACUCCCCCAGCCAUCGCACUGCGCUCCAAAUCCAUGACCUCUGAACUGGAGGAGAUGGUGGAGAAAGCAGCCUCUCCCUGGAAGAAGAAAGCGGAAUACGAGUCAUCCCAGGCCACCGAUAAGAAGAGAAGCGUCUAUCAAAUGGCACUGAAUAAGCUGGAUGAGAUCCUGGCAGCCGCUCAGCAGACCAUUAGUCCAUCUGAGGGGGGGGCCCAGCGAGGUCACACAGGGAGGAGAGAGCGCAAUAAGGGCUAUUACACUAACAAGCAACCAAGUUUUGAACAAUCAGGUGUUGGCAUGAUGUCAUCAGGGUCUGGGUUUGGUUAUAACCAAGUCCAGUUUUCAUCAAGCCACGCCACCCAGCAUGGUCUGAUGCUUCGGCAGAAGUCCAUUGGGGUGGCAGAUGAGGAGAAGGGCUUCCUGCAUCCCCCCGCCAUGAAGCUAUCCCGCAGUCUGUCUGUUCCUGGCCCCGAGGACAUUCCGCCGCCGCCUGAAACGUCGCCUCCGGAGCCCCCGCUGUCAGCGGGCGGCAGGAGGUCGGAGCCCAGCCACCCCUCCUCGCACUUCCUGCCCCACGCACAGACAGCCAUGGCUCCCCAGCACAGCCGGGCCACCUCGCGCAGGGAGUCGUCCGAUUCUGGGUGGAGGGGCGGAGGCAAAAUGGGAGGGCUGAGGCGGGGCUACAGCAGUGCCACGCCCCCAGGCAACAUGGCCACUGCCAAGGCGACCGCAGUGCCGCCACCCCAGCAAGCGGUUGCUAAGACAACCGGACGGAGAGCCGGUGGCAGGGGGCCUCUGCUCAAGCAGCCCAAAGUGGAGGAUGGGGCAGCUGUAGGUCGAACGCAGAGAGGGGGCCAGGCGCAGGUACAGGACACGGGGAACGACAAGAGCUCCAUUCCCAUCCCCACAAUCAUUGUCAAAGCGCCCUCCACCAGCAGCAGUGGCCGGUCCAGUCAGGGCAGCAGCAUGGAGGCGGAACAACCCCCUGACCUUGAGCAAGAGGAGGCGCCUGAGCCCCCCAGCCCCCCUCCUUCUCCACCCUUGCCUCAGUCUUUACCCUCGUCCCUCCCCCAGGAGAGGACAGACACUUCUGGACCUCAAGGCGGUGGCACCAUGGGUAAAGCGAGGCGGGAUCGAGAGCGUUACAGGGACUCGCGGCGAAAGAGUGCCUCUUUCUUCUACUCCUCAGAGGAGGACUUGUUGGAGGAUGUCCCCACUAGCCAAACAGAGAACACAUCCCCCCGACUGCGUCCUUCCAAAUCCAUUGAUGAGGGCUUGUUCUCUGGGGAUAACUUGACCACCCAGGGACGCAGCAUGCCCCCUGCGUUCGGCCUGCCUCAGUAUGCCUCACCACAGACUCAUACACACGCCACCACCUUCAUCCAUCCUCUCACGGGGAAGGUUCUAGAUCCGUCCUCGCCUCUAGGGCUUGCUCUUGCUGCACGCGAAAGGGCACUAAAAGAUGACCGGAGGACCCGACGCGAAGAGCGACACUUCGGCAGGCAGUUGUCGAGUGUGGGGUCGUUUCCCUCGACAGUGUCGCCAUCAAAUCCACAACAUAACCCGCCUGCCACUUAUGUCUACCAACACCAACAUCCUCCCGCCCUGUACCUCACAGGCUCCUCCCCCACCUCGGCUGCCCCAUCUCCUCUGAGCCGCCCCCAGUCUCCCAGGAUGAUGCGGAUGGCUGGCAGUGGGCCUUGGUCUGGGGAGGGAGGUGAUCGAGACAAAGAGAGCUUGGCGAGAGAGGGUAUGAGAGUGAGGUUCUCUGAGGACAGACAGUCAGCUCUGCAAAACCAGUAUCAGUAUCACAACCAGUACCAACAGCAGUACCAGAAUCAGUACCAGGCUCAGUACCAAAGGGACUGGGAGCGAGAGGCUGAGAGGGGGGAAGUGUAUGGCAGGGGCCCUAUGCAGUCCGCUCCCCCACCAGUUACCAAUCAGCAGUCUCAGCCCCGCAGACCCUCCUUCCUGCAGAUGGAGAGUGAUGCCAACGCUAACUCCGUAGGGUUUCCCAACUCCCAUACAGCACCUCUUCCGCUCUCGGCUGCUCCUGCCCAGACCACAGACACAAUGGCAGGUUCUGAGGAGGUGCAGGAGGGGGGAGGGGGGCUCAUGGUGCUUCCUCCUCCAGCUCCGUCUGUAGAUGUGGACGACGAGUUUGUGUUUGUGGACCCAUUGCCACCUCCUCUACAGUUUGCUAAUGGCAACGAUCGUGGAAACCGAGGAGCCCCUCCAUCAACCCAACAACAACAACAACAGCAACCGCAACCUCAAAUGCACCAUUAUCAGCAAUCCCAAUCCCAACAGCAACAUAAGCUAUCAGGCACACAGCAGCAGUCCGAUCUCCAGACACAGCCAUCAGUGCAGCCCACCCAGUCCCAGCAGGAGCCUCAGCACCUGCAGGCCUCUCAGCCCCCGUCCGACCUGCCUCAGGAGGAGCAGCAGCCUCCAGUCCACCCCUCUGCCGUGGUUCACCCCUACUUAUUCCCCCCUUCGCCGCUUAUACCCCCACCCCAGCUUUGCCCCAAGAUCCCCCCCUCCAACAUGGUUCUUUCAUCGACUGAUUCAAACCCUUCGAGUCAGUCCCUGCCCCCACAGAUUAGUCAGGUGGUGGCGCCCCAAAUCCCGGCCAAUGUCCCCAGCCAGUCAUUGCCCCCGCAGCCACCACCGCCACCCAUGCUGCCCCAGCCUCCAAAUCCUCCUCAUCCUCCACAUCUUCCUCAUCCUCCUCACCCUCCUCAUCCUCAUCUCCCUCCACAUCAUCCUCACCCUCCGCACCCUCCCCCCUUACCCUCCCCUCAGGCGGGGGACUCUGCAGCGUCCAGUCUAACAUCCUAUGACAGUGAAGUAGCCAAUCUCACGCAAUCCGUACUCUCCCCUACCCUCCCCUCACCACAAGCCUUUCCUCCAUCUACACCCCCCUCUGCUCUUAACCCUUCCAAUCCUCCACCUGCCUCAACCUCUACCACCUCUGCAACGUCUGCUCAGUCCCUCCAUCGUCCUCAGCCUCUCUUCUUUGCUCCAGCACAGGGCCAGGACCGUGGCAACGCCUCCUUGACAACCACCGUCACCUAUGCCACCAUGACGACCAGCCAGGCCCCUUAUGCAAUUACCACCACUACUGCUGCCUCGACUGUUGCCCCUGGUCAUCAGAUGCCCCCUAAAGCUGUCGAGAGCCGGGGAGAGUGGCAGGAGGCUGUGGUGGAUUCUGGGAUUGAGGAGCUGGACAGCCACAGCAGCAGUGACCACCACCUGGACAAGCUUGGUAUGAGGGAGGGAGAGAGAGUGGAGAGGAGAAGAGAAAUCAUGGAGGUCGGGGGAGGCAGAGUGGCUGGUAAGAAUCGAGCUCAGAUGGAUAGGAGAGAGUCCCUGGACUCCUCGGCAGCUUACAAAAUGCACAAUGAUGCGACACACAUCCGUACCCAUCAGAGCGGCAAGCCAGUGCCUCCACUGCGGCGGCAGCCUAGCGCCGCUCCGUUCCUCCAGCACCCCCACAGGCAGAGAACGCACGAGGAAGAGGACCGAGGCCGUGGGUUGGGGAUGGUCCAGGGCGGGGGAACAGACGAGGGCGAGGGAGGGGUGCGGGGACCACUUUUUAUAGACCGUCGGCUGAACUCUCCGCUGGCCAGCGUGAAGGCCAGCAUCAUCAAUGAGCUCAGCAGCAAGCUGCAGCAGAUGGGGGGCUGGCAGGGCCAGAAGGAGGCCCCCUCAGGCAGGUUUCAGGAGGAUGCCACAUCUGUCAUGAGUCCCCCUUUAGUCCGCUCCAUGUCCCCUCUCCCUGUCCCUGUGUCCGUCCCUCAUGUCCUCCAUAGGGCCCUGUCCCCUACUCUCCCUCUCUCCCCAAUACACCACCCCAUUCCACCACCCCUACCCCCUUCCCUCAACCCCAACAUGUCCCCAACUCUGGUCCCAUCUCCUCUGAAUCUCCUGCAGUCCACCACCCCCACUCAGCCUGCGCCCUACUCAGACUGGACGUGUCCACCCUCCCCUCUCGCCCACACGGCUCCCCCUCUUUCCCCGUCCGCCCUCUCUCACCCUGCUCCGCCCCUCUCACCUUCCUCGCUCGCUCGCUCCCACCCCCCUACGUCUCCGUCCUACUCGCCCUACCCCACGUCCCCAAAGCAUCGCUCCAAGUAUCGCGGCAAAGCCCUCGAGUUCCAGUUCAACUCCCCUGCGGAGCUCCGCCGUGCCGAGUCCCACCACUCCCCGCGACGCCGGGCCCCCAGCCCGCUCAUCUCCUGCACGGACCGGCCCCAGCCAGGGCCCCCCAGGCCCUCCUCCCUGCCCCUCUUCCCCAGCUCCCUGUACAACGCCCCGUUUGAGCUGCAGCCGCCGCUCACCCCUCCGGCCCACUCCAUGCCCCUGACUGAUCCGUACUUCCCCAGCACCCCUCCGCCGCUGUUCUCCCCGACCGUAGCGUCCGCCUCCAACCCCCUCCUGGUCUCCCGCUCUCUCUCGCCCACUCACUUCCUGUCGGGUGUCUCCUCCCCUUCCUGUGGCAAUUACCCGCCCUUCACUCUGCCCCCACCUGCCAGACCCUUCGCCACCAAGCCCCUCCCCUACUGGAGCAAGUACGACGUUGCCGAUUGGCUCGUGUACUUGAACCUGGGCGAGCACCAGGAACGCUUCCUGGACAACGAGAUUGACGGCUCGCACCUGCCGUCGCUGACUAAAGAGGACUUCCUGGACCUAGGCGUGAGCCGGGUCGGCCACCGAAUGAACAUCGAGCGGGCGCUCCGCAAACUCACCAACAGGCUCUCCUCUCCUUUCUCUGUCUCUACUGUUUCAUCUGAAGGACAGAGCGAAAGAAUGAAAGAUGAAGGGAUUCAGAGCUGAGAGAAUGGGGGGAGGAGAGAGUCUUUUAACAAACAAACUAAGCUAACUGAGAGGCUGGUGACAGAGAUUGCUUGAAAUGACUGAACAUAACUUGGCGAGAAAUGCAAGCGAGAAAAAAGAGCUGAAUUUGUUUUUUUUUUUUUGAAGUGAUUUCCUGCGUGGUUCACUGCACACCUGUGGUUUAACCAGUACAAUCAUGUACAGAGGAAUACAGAUCUUUUCACACAACUUACUGAUACAUCAAUAUCACAGACACACACACACACACACACAGACAACAUAGUUACACAUGCACACAUACACACCUCACUUAACAAAAUGAACAAAGACAUUCAAAGUGAUCAGAACAAAAUCGAUCAUCCAAUCAGUCAGCUGAUUUCAUCUGAUCAUCCAAUCAAUGAACACGAUUUCAUCUGCUAGACAAAGACUCUGACCAAGCCAUGGAAGUGGCUGGGAAGAGCAAAGCUUCAAGCUGUUUUAAAUUUGCUAGGCACUACUACAUGUCUUCUUUUCCACUGGGUCUGGAUGACUACUUUUCAGUUUAUGGAAUUGUUAUUAUUACACCGUCAUGGAUAUAAUGUGAAGUUCUGAUGUUGUGUUAAGGAACAUUGCCCUCUCCACAAUCACUCACCAUGAUUGUGACUCCAUAUUGGAGACACAGUGAUGAUGAUUAACGUGGUGAGAGUGAUGAGAAGAGUAAUGGCUGGGAUGACCAGGGGAGGAUAAUGUGCUGCUGAUACAGAUGUUAUUAUCAGAUGUGAUGGAGGACAUAUAAGACAUUAAUUGCAAUCAUGAUAAUGAUGAUGAUAAUUAUAGUUUAAAGUUAUAGUAAUAAUGGUUAAGUAUGUACACCUUUUUCAAGCUCCAAAAGGAUCUUUGUCUUCCAGAUAGUCUGAAUCCUGCGGGGGGGCUGUUGGGCUUUUAGUUUCUCCUUGAGAUGCUCUCUACAUAAUCAACUUGUUGUGAAUUCAGUGGACACACACACACACACACACACACACUCACUCACUCACUCACACAAACACUUGAACGUUGAGAGAUGCAUUGCCAGUACAUGCAAACACACUCAAGAUUACAAACACACUCAAGAUUACAAACACACACAAACCACACACACACACACACACACACACACACAGUGUGUGUGUUAUUUGUUUCUUAGCUUAAGGGAGGUUUCUCAUAGAAUGGGUUCUGUAGAGAGCACCUCUAUAUAUUUUAAAAAGAAUAUUUUAGAACAUAGUCAAAUCUAUAAAUUAAAUUAUAUAUGAAGACAAUAUACAGUAUGAACGUGUGUAUGCAGAGGUAAGGAAAUAUA